UGUAGAGCCCCAAGACAUCCAUGGCUGCAUGGGGCCACUGGGAACAACAUGCCCAUCUUACCAUCCAUAAUCCAGUCCAUCCAGUCCAUCUUCCAUUCUUAUUCUUAAUAAAUACAAAAAAAGGUGUGUGUACCUUACGUAUAUGAUCGCCCAAGACCCAAAUCCGUCCACUUCUUUUUAAAACGAAGAUCUCAAAGACUAAAAAGUUACAUCCACACUUUCACCAUCUUCCUUACCUUUUGGAGUAUCGCAUUUCUGUCUUCUUGUCUUCCCGUUAAUCAGCUCCCAGUCUUCCUAGAACGAAUAUAGCAAAGUAUUAUAGCAAAGUACCAACCAUCGCAUCACAUUCUCCACCAUAGUUGUCGACCCUUUACAUCGUCUCGUCUUUAACAUCAUAGCUAUAUCCUUCCCGAGCCGACCUUCUAAGUAUCACUGCAAUCCGGCCACCACCUGUUGCCAGUCCAACCCCUCACAAUGCAUCGAACGUAUUCUAUGCGCCAGACUCGGGCGCCAACUGCCUCGCAGAUUCAGAACCCCCCUCCCCCGCCGUCGUCUACUAAGUCCGGUAGACUAUUCGGAAGAGGCGGAUUUGGACAUGCGCUCCGUCGAAAUGCCGCCGGCGCUUUCGGGCCCGACCUAGCCAAGAAGUUGACCCAACUUGUCAAAAUGGAAAAGAACGUGAUGAGGAGCCUGGAGCUUGUCGCAAAGGAGCGCAUGGAGGUUGCCCAACAACUUUCACUCUGGGGUGAAGCUGGCGACGAAGAUGUCUCUGACGUCACUGACAAGCUUGGUGUACUCAUCUAUGAAAUUGGCGAACUUGAGGACCAAUACGUCGAUCGAUAUGACCAGUAUCGCAUAACCAUGAAGAGCAUUAGAAAUAUCGAGGCGUCUGUGCAGCCUAGCCGAGACCGAAAACAGAAGAUUGCCGAUCAAAUUGCCCAGCUUAAAUACAAAGAACCCAACUCACCCAAAAUCGUUGUUCUUGAGCAGGAACUUGUUCGCGCCGAAGCUGAAUCACUUGUGGCCGAGGCUCAGCUGUCUAACAUUACUCGUGAGAAGCUAAAGGCGGCAUACACCUACCAGUUCGACGCCCUACAAGAGCACUGUGAGAAAGUUGCAAUCAUUGCUGGCUAUGGCAAGCAUCUCCUCGAGCUCGUCGACGAUACGCCCGUGACUCCCGGCGAGACCCGCGCUGCCUACGAUGGCUAUGAGGCCAGCAAGGCCAUUAUUCAGGACUGCGAAGACGCACUAACUAACUGGGUAUCAUCGAACGCAGCCGUGAACCCAAAGCUGUCCACACGCGCCCGCACACUCUCCAUGCGCCGCCGAAACAACAUCAAGGCUAGAUCAGAAGGCUUGGAUCUGUCCGCCCAAGAUGCCCCGCUUAACGACCGCGAGUCCUGGGUUGCGGCUGGGGAGCACCGAGAGCACGGGAACCACGAGUAUGAGGAGGAAGAGGAACAUGAGGAUGAUCAGGCCCAUUCCAUACUGGAUUCUGACGGCGGCUUGAACGGCGAGCAGCACCGAGGCCGCGCCCCUGAGAUGGCCGCCUAUAAUGUCUAAUACGAGGAAAGGUUUAUAGCAGCAGGUACAGGCGAGGUCGGACACGGUGGCAGUAUACCACUCCUUAGGGCACACGACACGACAUAACAGCACAUUGAUUAUUGAUUCCGGUCUCAGCGAGACCAACUUACUUACUUGCCCUUUUGAGCACUGCUUUGCCUGGAUGAAACGAUAGGAUGAACAACGACCGGACGGGGCGGUGAUGAACACACACACACACACACACACAC